UAUUUUAAAAUAAUCAUCCUUUUGAAAAUUUGUCAUCAAUAGUCGAUAUAAUCGAUAGUCGAUAUGCAAUAUGCAGCUUUCAACCACAGAUAUACAAAUACAACAUGUCGCUUGCAUGGAAUCCAUCGAAGAAUCACAGUGAACGUGAGAGAUGGGUGUGCAUUUACCCAAUAUAUUUAAACAACAAAAGGAGUUUGAAGGAAGGACGAAAGUUGGCCAAGGAUAAAUGCGUAGAGAACCCAACGCAUCAAGAGAUACGGGAUGUAUUGGUAGCAGGAGGUUUUAAUGUAGGCGUCGAGAAUAAACUACAUCCGAAAGAACGCAGCAAGGAACCUCUGUAUCGCGGUCGUAUUCGCAUACAGUUAAAAAAUGACGAUGGUACACCAUUACGACCCGACUUUCCCACUAGAGAUUCUCUUUUGGCAUACAUUGGAAUUACAAUUCCAAAGUUAAAGACUCGUCAGGGCAAACAGAGUUCUAGUGAGCAAGCGUCGCAACCAUCCGCAUCAACAUCAAAGAAAGGAAAAGGUAAAGGAAGAAGGUAAAGAAGAGGAUUUGGAACUAUAUAUCAUAAUGUGAAGUGAUUUUUGCUUAUAUUUUCAUUAUAGAAAGCAUUUCUGUAUACACAUAUAUGUA